AUGAGAGCGCUGGACCCUGAGCAGCUGCCUGGAAAGGAAAGGAGGAAAUUGUGCCACGCUUUGGACCCGUUUCAGGACACCAUUGGCGAUGGGAUGAUGGUCAGCGUCUUCCCAAUACGAUUAUUUGCAGGUCCGCGAGCGGGAGGUGGAGGGUGGGAUUCAUUUCACCCUGAGAGCGCGGCUCAUCCCGCCGUGGGACAGGCACCUCCGGCCGCGGGGACCAGUCGCCCACCGCCCCGCCUGUGCCGCUCCAGGCAGCUGGCGAGGUUGGACCUGACACCCACCCUUCGGGUUGGCCUUCGGCAGCUAGAUAUGUCAUUACUGUGUCAGCUGUACUCCCUGUAUGAAUCAAUUCAAGAAUACAAAGGUGCCUGCCAAGCUGACUCUAACGCAGACUGCACGUAUGCUCUGGAAAAUGGUUUUUUUGAUGAGGAGGAGGAAUACUUCUAGAAGCAGGAAGAUUCACCUCCAGGCUGA